AUGGUGAUGAAAGUUUUGGAAGAUGAGAGGAUGCCUGAAUCAAUGUUGAAAAGUGUGAUUGUUUUAUUGUAUAAGAAAGAUGACAAGCGUGAGUUGAAGAAUUGGAGGCCUAUAUCGUUGUUGAAUGUGGAUUAUAAGGUUGUAGCGAAGGUGUUGGCAAAUAGGUUGCGUGCGGUGGUGGAGAAAUUGGUGGGAGAGGAGCAAGUGUGUGCGGUGCCUGGGAGAUCGAUUGCGGAAAGUUUGGUGAGUUUGAGGGAUGUGAUAUGGUUAUGUAAGGAGAGGAAGCAGGAGGUGGCUGUGUUGGCUGUGGAUUUUGAAAAAGCAUAUGAUAGAGUUUCACAUGAGUUUAUGUUUAAAGUUCUGAGGAGAAUGGGGAUACCUGAGGUUUUGAUUGGAUGGAUUAAGUGUUUGUAUAGAGGUAUGGAUGUAGAUGAGGAAUUUGGAUUUUUCCAAGAGGGUGACUUCAUUAUCGGAGGAGUCUUCACUAUACGUGCCGCCACUACAAAUUUUAUGGGAUCAAAAUCAUAUGUGAAGCUAUUUGACUGUGUGGAUGACGAUUUUCGAGCACUACUAAAUGUUUUGGUUUUUCGUUUUGCUAUUCACAAAGUUAACCAGAAUACGGAAAUUUUACCCAAUAUUACAUUGGGCUAUCAUAUCACUGAUUCAUGUUUAGAUGCCGGUGUGGCAGUAAGAAAUGUUCUACAAAUUUUAUCUGGACCACAGAAGUUGGUCCCUAAUUACUCAUGUUCUGGAGAAGGCAAACUGGUGGGUUUUAUUGGAGACCAUUACUCAAUGACAACUAUUUCCAUGGCACAACUACUGGGGAUCUAUAGAUAUACACAGAUCAGUUAUGGAGCUACAGACCCUUCUCUUACUGACAGACGUCUUUAUCCUCAUGUUUUCCGGACAGUUCAGAAUGAUCAUAUCCACUAUUUGGCUGUAAUUGAGCUGUUGAAACACUUUGGCUGGACUUGGGUUGGAAUAUUCACAACAGACGAUGAUGCUGGAGAUAAAGAAAAAUACAUUUUAACAAAGUACAUGAUCAGCCAUGGGAUUUGUGUUGAGUUUACAUUUAAACUUGGAAUAGAAACAAUAACUGAUGAUAUGACAUUCAAAGCUCUUGAAGAAAGUGCUGCUAUUUUGAAAAACUCCACUUCGAAGGUCAUCGUAGUAUGUGGAUCUUAUGUCUACAUCAAUGCAGUUUUCACUCUCUUUGAUAGUCUUGCCUCUGAAAAAACAUUUAUUUUUCCUCCUAUUUGGGUUUCCAGAUCUUCAGUACAUUUAUUACCAUUAACUACAAUUAACGGGAGUUUAGCUGUGGAACUCUACCCCUUAUUCCUUCCAGAUAAAGAACAUUUCUUUGAUGGCAUUGACAAAAUGAAUAGUACAAACAAUUCACCAGGUUCCUGGUACUUUUUAACUAUAGCAAAGUGCUUGUCUGCAAACAGAGGAAAGAGCAAAAUAGUAUGUGAAACAGCCCCUAUGCAAGUAGAAAGAUUUCCAAACAUGGACGGUUUUGUGAAUCAAGGUGUCACGCCACGAAUAUAUUACGCAGUAGAAAACUUGGCUAAAGCUCUUCACAAUAUGCAACUAUUCCCUAAAGGAAAAUCUGAUGAUAGGCGACAUCAUUAUUAUAAGCAUCAGCUGUAUUCCCUGCUAAAAGAAAUUAAAUAUUCCUUUGAAUCGGCUGAGCCAGUGCCAUUCUUUAAUGAAUAUGGAGAAUUUGUUUAUCACUACAGAAUAACUAACUGGAUACUGGGAAACAAUUAUACUGCCGUUUAUAAGGAAGUGGGAAACUUUACACCUUGGGCUCCAGAAGGUCAGAAGCUUCAUGUCAACCCUGAAGCCAUAACAUGGAAACGUACUAAUAAGGUUCCGGUAUCUCGAUGCUCAGGACCCUGCUUGCCUGGUAACAGAAAGAAGUUUGGAACUUCAAUUCAUAAAUGUUGCUAUGAGUGUGUCCCAUGUCCAGAAGGAGAGAUCUCCAACAUUUCUGACAGUGAAAACUGCAUGAAAUGUCCUGAUGAUGAAUGGCCAAAUGAGAAGAAGGAUCAGUGUUUUCCAAAACUGGUGGAAUUUCUCUCCUACACUGAUGAUCCAAUUUCUGCAGUAUUUUCAGCUGUCUCCAUCCUCUGUUGUCUUCUAAAUGGUUUAAUAUUGGGGAUAUUUAUACAUUACCAGGACACCCCUAUUGUUAAAGCUAAUAACCGGAACCUGAGCUAUCUUCUCCUGGUCGCCAUCAUGCUGAGCUUCCUCUGUGUCUUCUUGUUCCUCGGACGUCCAGUAGAUGUGACCUGCAUGCUGCGUGUAACCUCUUUUGGUGUCAUCUUCUCAGUUGCUGUCUCUUCUCUACUUGCCAAAAGUAUCAUGGUGUGUAUUGCUUUCAAUGCUACCAAACCUGGGAGUUGCUGGAGGAAAUGGAUUGGAGCCAAACUGCCCAAUUCUAUAAUGUCUGUGUGUUCACUGAUCCAAGUAAUAAUUUGCGUGGCUUGGUUAUCUAUUUCUCCUCCCUUCCAGGAUGAAGACUUUCACACUUAUCAGGGAAAGAUCAUCAUUCAGUGUAAUGAGGGUUCAGUUAUCGGCUUCUACUCUGUCCUGGGAUAUAUGGGGCUCCUGGCAGCUGUGAGUUUCAUUAUAGCUUUUUUAGCCAGGACAUUACCGGACAGUUUUAAUGAGGCCAAGUACAUCACCUUCAGCAUGCUGGUAUUCUGCAGUGUCUGGAUUGCCAUGAUCCCGGCCUAUCUGAGCACUAAAGGGAAAUAUAUGGUGGCUGUGGAGAUUUUUGCCAUAUGGGCAUCAAGUGCUGGACUUCUUGGCUGUAUAUUUUUUCCAAAAUGUUACAUAAUUCUAUUUAGACCCGAUCUCAAUACAAAAACAGGUUUGCUUAGAAAUAACAUGAAAUGAGUUCAUUACUCAAAACAAAAUGAACUAAAUUUAUCAAUAAACUGUUGAGGAAUAUUAUUAACAUUGUAGACAAAUGUUGUAUAUUGCAAUAAAAUUGUAGGUACAUUUACCCUGUAGAGCACUGUUCCAAGCUGCUUUCUUUUCUCCCCAGUCUGGGGUGGUAGGGUUGGGGAUAUGUAUACCAUAAGGCACAAUGUAAUACGAUUAAAGUCAAUAACUGCCAAAACAUCUGUAAGUGAUCGACAAUAAACAAGAGCAGAGCCUGUGUGUCAAUGUAUGGUAAAACAAGAGCACAUAAAAGAAAAGGGAAAAUAAGUAAUAACUAAACCAGCCAGACUGUAUAAGAUAUAUAUACUGUUUACAUGUAGCUCUAUCCCUGCUGGU